AUGCCUCGUGGCCAUAAUAGUAAGCUCUGGGCCCGUGAGAAACGACGCCAGGCCCGAAGUGAAACCCACUCUAUGCAGGAUGCUCAGGCCACUGCAGCAGAAGAGAGAGAGGAGACUCCUUCUUUCUCUCCCUUUUGUAGUGCUGAUAGCCAAGAUGAUGAGAUUCCAAGCACUUCCUGGGCACUGUCCCCAACUGGUAAUUCAUCUUCAACUAUGAAAGAUGACAUAGCAGUUUCAUUGGUAGAGUUCAUGCUGCAAAAAUAUAACAUGAAGGAGCCAAUAACAAAGGAAGAAAUACUAAAGCGUGUCAUUCCAUCGAACAAGGACGAUUUCCAUGAGAUUCUUAAGAAAGCCUCUGAACUCAUGGUGUUGGCCUUUGGCAUUGAUGUUAAGGAAAUUGACCCAAUCAAUCAUAGAUAUGCUUUUGUCAACAUACUCAGUCCUAAUGGUGAUGAAAUUCUGAAUGGUGAGACAAUCCAGUCUAGGAAUGGCCUCUUGAUGUUGAUGCUGUGUCUGAUCUUUAUGAAUGGCAACUGUGUUAAUGAGGACUACAUCUGGGAAGUGCUUAGUGUGAUGGGGGUAUAUGCUGGAGUAAAUCACAGCAUCUAUGGAAAUGUCAAGAAGCUCAUCACUAAAGAUUUCGUGAAUGAGGGGUAUCUACGGUAUCGGCAGAUACCCAUCAAUGGUAUACCAUGUCGUCAAUUCUUGUGGGGUCCCCGGGCCCAAUAUGAAACCAGCAAAAUGAGAGUCCUUGAGUUUCUGGCUAAACUUCAUAACACUGUUCCCACUGCCUUCCCAUCAUUGUAUCAAGAGGCUUUGAGAGCUGAAGAAGAAAGAAUGCAAGGCAGAUUUGUAGCUAUGAUACUUGGUUUGAUGGCCAAUGAACAUAUCAAUGGCAAUUCCAGCACCUAA